UCCUAAACAUUCUUAUUGUUUGAUCUUUAGAUACGAAUAUUUAAAAACAAUAUUUAAGAAUAUUUAAGAAUAUUUAAGAAUAUUUAAGAAGGCCAAGCACAGGAGAGCCAGUGCAAGAUGUAUGUAGACCAUAAACUUUCAAUGCAGAGUACAUGUAUAUAUUCAAUAGGUGUAUACACCUUCUCUCUGUAUGUUAAAAAUUUAAAUAUAUUCGUAUUUAAAGGCCAAAACAAUAAUAAAUUCAAAGUUAAAUACAUGUCUAGUAUCAUUGAUACUUUUACUUUAAAUAUAGGCAAAAUUUACUCGCUAUUCAAUUAUUUACUAAAGAAUAAAAAACUCAUUUGAUACGUAAGUUGUAUUAAUUGUAAAUAAAAGGUCUCUUGACUCAAUGUUAAGUCGUAUUGUAUGAAAAUAAAUAAUUCUUAUAAUUUUGUAAGAUACUUUUGGUAAUCAUUUAAUGAUGUUUUCUCGAGACAAAAAACGCACGAAACUUAUUUUCGGCACUCCCGAAGAAUAAUUUACACAUAAGACAUGUUCAACGAAGUAAAGUAGCAAAAAGGAAACAUUCAACGAGUCAAUACACGUGUUGUAGAAAUAGAUUCAUCGAAAUUACGAUAAUUUAUUUAUUAGAAAUUAUGCGAUUCAACGUAUGCAAAAUACUUGAAAAAUGGCUGAUGCUCAAAAUGUUAAAAUAAAUGAUGACAUUGAAAACAUGCAAUCACUUGAUCACUUGAUUGCCGAACUUGAUGUUGAAACUUUGUAAACGGCCGUUCAAAAUUCGUGAAACGGAUAACGUCACGCCACUGUACGAACCGCGACAAUUUCGCGUUGUUUCGCGAAGGUUCGAACGCGAUUGUAUCGCUCCGUAUUCGACGCAUCUUUUUGCCGGUCGAAAGUGAAUCCCGCGUAUAAACGAAUAUCGGGAGUGCCGAAUUAAAUACGGGCGAUCAUUUCGGUGCGAUAUUUGGCCCGCGUGAGGCCAAUUAAACGCGAUAUCGUUAGAUGCUCGGAACCGACUUCUAUCGGGUUCUAUCGUAUCGCGUCGGGAACAUGAAGCCGGAUAUUCCUUUCCACCGAAAAGAAGCAAGUCAAUAUUCGGCACCUACGUUAUACCUGCAUAUUUUAGUAGAUUUAUGUCCUUUGCCCGCACUAGAAUAAUGCAUAGAACCGAUUCGUUCUUAUCAAGGGCAAAGUAUCAUAAUAAAAGACGGUUAGAUAUAUUUUCAACAUGGCGUUCAAAAACAGUGAUAUUUUUAAAAGUGGCAAUAAGCAUUGAUAUUACCGACGGUUCGUAACAGACAUCAUGGCGGACUUUACCAACACUCGCACGAGAGAAACACAAACACUUAUGGCGUCUACUCUGUGCUAGAUGAACAAUUGAUCCAAACAAAGCACAAAUAGCUUCCUGACAGGUAUGGAAUUUGUCCCCACAAGACGAAACAGAAAGUGGAAGAAAAAACGACAUUGGCGAAAGCGACUACGUGAUCAGAUUAGAGUCGAAGUUGAGGUUAGGUCCUCGAAACGUCAAAAGAGUGUUCCGGGGCAUGCUAGUACAUUCUAUACUCGAAAAACAUCAGAAACAAGUACAAUGCAAGCUGACGCGUUUUGGAAGAAUUACACGGCGGCUCAAGAAUGGCAAACAAAACACAAUGUAACCUGGUGGAGAUCACGCUGCAUGGCUCUUGAAUAUGAAAAUGAGAUACUACGCAAUAAAAUAAAAUCACUCAUUAACCAGUUUUACCAUUCUAAUGUGACAACUGAAACAAAUUAUUCCAAAGAAGAUAUCAAGGAAAAUGUACACGAUGAAGAUGCUGAAGAGCUUGAAUUUACUGUAACUGAAGAGAUGCUGAGUUUUUUUGAGAAAAGCGAAAGACAUAGAAGGGAGAUGAAGCAGAAAUAUAAAUCUAGUAAGGCCACGCAUGAAGAAGAAAGCACAGAAGAUAAUCUCAUCAUUGGUGGUGCCGUGAGUGCUCGUGCAAGGAAAGAAGAGGCGAAUGAGUUGUAUGGUGAAGCAAGUCCCAAAAUCCUGGCAAUGGAGACUGCUCUACAGGCUACGUUGGACAAUUAUAAAGAUAAAGUAAAAUCUCAAUUUUGGCCCAAUAUUCCACUUAAACCUUAGUACAGCUAAUUUAAUCUAGUUUUGCCUCGUUGCUAAAUUCUCAAUGUACUCGAACGUAUUUCAUAAAUAUAUAUACACCGUCUUGUUAUAAAAAUUAUAAAAUAAUAUUUUCCAAGAUGGGAUAAUUAAAUCCCUGAAUGCAUUCUAAUGCAUCCUAGCUCAUCCUUU